AUGGCUCCUCCCGACUUGAAAGUUAAGGCCGGGAAGCAUCCUAAGGCUAGUGAUGAGGAAUUCCUAUUGACCCUACUUAAGGAUAUGAAGGUCGAUCACGAGACUGCUGCUAAGGAUAUCGGGAUAACCAAGGCCGCAUUCGCAUACGCUUUAUCCGGCUGCAGCAAAAGCACGGCUUUAAGACAAAGGGGAAGGGGACCACGAGACUGCCUCUAA